CUCCGGAGGUGCCAUCCCGGCCGCGACUCCGCUCCAGGCAGGACCCCCGACCCGCCCAGCCCGCUCUGUCUUGCACUCUGGACGGACCCGCGGCCGAUCCCAGACCCGCUGCCCGCUUCACGCCCGAGGCCUGCGCCCCGACGGACGCCCGUGCCCAGAUUGCCACGCCCACGCCCGGUGCCCCGACCGCGGAGGGCUCCCCGAGGUGCGGGCGGAGGGGGUGGCUCGCGGCUCAGGCUGCCCCCGACCUGCCCGGCUCACCGCUCCCUCCCCUGCAGCGCCGCCCGCCAUGGCCCGGAUCUCGACGGCCGCCCUGGGUUGCAUCAGCCUCCUCUGCCUGCAGCUCCCUGGCGUGCUGUCCCGCAGCCUGGGCGGAGACCCGCGUCCCGUCAAACGCAGGGAGCCCCCAGCCCGGACCCCUUCCAGCAACCUGCAGCCCAGGCACCCCGCACCCCGACCUGCGGUUUGGAAGCUUCACCAGGCCCUCCAGCCACACAGGGGUGCUGGCCUGGCCCCUGCUAUGGGUCAGCCUCUCCGGGAUGGUGGCCGCCAACACUCGGGCCCCCGAAGACACUCAGGCUCCCGCAGGACCCAAGCCCAGCUCCUGCGAGUGGGCUGUGUGCUGGGCACCUGUCAGGUGCAGAAUCUCAGCCACCGCCUGUGGCAACUCAUGGGACCGGCCGGCCGGCAGGACUCAGCUCCUGUGGACCCCAGCAGCCCCCACAGCUAUGGCUGAAGUGGGGCUGGGCCACACCCCUGCCCAUCCCAGCCAGGAUGCUGUGCCCCGGUCCAGAGCUGCAGCUGAGCCUCCUCCGCAGCCCAGUCCCUCAGAGCUGCAGACAGCAGGUCCUGCGGCAACAAUGCCUGCACGGCGUCGCAUACGUAAACCCUCGCACACCUGUAGACCGAGGUUGAUCUACAUGCAGUGCUGGU